AUGGCAGCCCUGGCGCAGGUGCUGAUCCUGUCCACGCCCUCUUGGGACCCGCCCAAGCAGCGGGAGCAGAUCAAGGCGAUGGCGGCCUCGCUGGGGCCGGGCGCCAAGGGCAAAUUGCUGAUCGACGUCAUCAACGGCCUCAACGCCUGGCCCUCCCUGGCCCUCGACUGGGCCGGCGGCCCCUCCAGCUCCGAGAUUGUGCAAGAGGAGCUGCCCGAGACUGCUGUGUACAAGGCGUUCAGCACGGUGGGCGUGGAGCAGAUGACCGCGCCAGACGGCUCGCUCAUCAACGGCCAGCAGCUGACCAUGCUGUUUGCGGGGCCGGCGGAGAAGAAGGACGCUGUGGCGGCGGUGGUGGCGGGCGCGGGUUUCCAGCCGCGCUACGUGGGCCCCAUCCGCUACGCCCGGAACCUGGACGCCAUCGCGGAGCUGUGGAUCCACCUCAGCAUCCCCGGGGCCGGCGAGACGCCCGAGUGCUGGGGCCGCAACUUCCAUUUCCAAGUGGUGGAGAAGCUGUAG